GCGGGCCGGGGCGGCGGAAGGAGCCCAGGCCGGAAGGAGGCGGCGGGAGGGCGGGAGGCAGGAGCGGGCCCGGAGCUGCUGGGCCGGAGCGGCGGCGCCGCCAUGUCCGACAGCGAGAAACUCAACCUGGACUCUAUUAUCGGGCGCCUGCUGGAAGUGCAGGGCUCGAGGCCUGGAAAGAAUGUGCAGCUGACAGAGAACGAGAUACGUGGUCUGUGCCUCAAAUCCCGGGAGAUUUUCCUGAGCCAGCCAAUUCUUCUGGAGCUGGAGGCACCCCUCAAGAUCUGUGGUGACAUCCACGGCCAGUACUACGACCUUCUGCGGCUGUUCGAGUACGGCGGCUUUCCUCCAGAGAGCAACUACCUCUUCCUGGGGGACUAUGUGGACCGGGGCAAGCAGUCUCUGGAGACCAUCUGCCUGCUGCUGGCCUAUAAAAUCAAGUACCCAGAGAACUUCUUCCUGCUCCGUGGGAACCAUGAGUGUGCCAGCAUCAACCGGAUCUACGGUUUCUAUGAUGAGUGCAAGAGACGCUACAACAUUAAACUGUGGAAAACCUUUACCGACUGCUUCAACUGCCUGCCCAUUGCUGCCAUCGUGGACGAGAAGAUCUUCUGCUGCCACGGAGGCCUAUCUCCAGACCUGCAGUCCAUGGAGCAGAUUCGGCGUAUCAUGCGGCCCACAGACGUACCUGACCAGGGCCUGCUGUGUGACCUGCUGUGGUCUGACCCUGACAAGGACGUGCAGGGCUGGGGCGAGAACGACCGUGGCGUGUCCUUUACUUUCGGGGCUGAGGUGGUGGCCAAGUUCCUGCACAAGCAUGACUUGGACCUCAUCUGCCGGGCGCACCAGGUGGUAGAAGAUGGCUACGAAUUCUUUGCCAAGCGACAGCUGGUCACACUCUUCUCAGCUCCCAACUACUGUGGCGAGUUUGACAAUGCGGGCGCCAUGAUGAGUGUGGACGAGACACUCAUGUGCUCCUUCCAGAUCCUCAAGCCAGCCGACAAGAACAAGGGGAAAUAUGGGCAGUUCAGUGGCCUGAACCCUGGAGGGCGGCCCAUCACCCCACCCCGCAACUCCGCCAAAGUCAAGAAAUAGCCUCUGGGAGCCUGCCCUCUGCCCCAGAUGGUGGAUUGUACAAAAAUCACAUGGCUGUGGGAGGUCACACUGGCCCUUUGGGCCCACCUGUCACGGGGAACACAGAGCCUUGGUGUAUUUUUUUUUUUUUUUAAUGAAUCAAUAAGCAGUGUCCAGUCCCCCAGGGCUCCGUCUGCCUGCGCCUGUAGUGGCUGCAAGCAGGACCCUGGGGCUGAGGCUGCAGUUCAGGGCAAGCAGGGCCAGGCUGGGAGUCUUCAGCCUUGCUUGGCCUCAUGGCUGGCAGCAGGAUCCUGGGGCAACCCACCUGGUCUCUUAAAUAAAGGUCAAAGCUGGAUUCUCACCACA